AUGGCAGACGCAGACGAGGAUGCCGUUCGCGCACCUGCAACUGCCUCGACAGAACCUGAUAUUGACCUGUCCGAUGAGACGCAGGAUUUCCGCUUCUUGAACCACUUAAAUUUUUUUGCCGAUUCCUCCCCUAGUAUCCCGCGCCGCGGCGAAAAAGACUUUGAGCCCAACCCGACAGAACUCCAGGCCGAUGUACUCUCCGCUUCGCGAGGGGCCAUGCACAAUGCGCUCUCAUACCCCCGUCUUCACGGUGCCAAAACUCGCAUCAUAGCCUUCUACGCACCCGACGGGUAUGUUCCUCCAGUUCAAAUCGAUCGCGCGACACCGAAAGCUAGCGGAGAAGAUGGAAAGAGCUCGGAGUCUACCCCCAAACCCGCGAGGCCUUUGCCCAAUUCUGCCAGAAUAUCGCCUGACGCAUGUGUCUAUGUGCCCAAUCCGAAGGGCCAGUUCUUUAAAACAAUGGGCCAGGCAGAUUCGACAAGUCGUAUCUGGCUGUUGCCAGAGGAAGCCUUAUAUCUAAUUGAGCGAGGAAGUCUGGAUAUCAGAUGGCCUAGCCCUUCGGGGUCUACAGAAGACCUAUCCGUCCCUAUGAGCUUGCAGGCUGCAUAUGCGUGCUUCAUGGGCCGCGGUGGUCUGACGCUAGAACGGUACUCUGUUUAUACUGGUCUCAAGCGCCUGGGUUAUGCGCUCGUCCGAGCUCCUGGAUGGUGCGACGACAUCCAGCAGCAGGAUGCAGAUGCUUUGGGUUCUAGUGAAAUAACACCGCCCAAAAUACAUGGCCCCGGUCUGGCUGGUAUGCUUGCAUCACUUUUCAACUGGAUUCAUGACCCUCACUCAACGGCAUCUACGGCAACUGGCCCUAUAAUCGGCACUGGCAUUCACCGAAGUUACAUGGAUGUAUACCGCAAGCUCGCCAUCAUACCCUGGUACGACCCAGUUACCGCGCCCGAGAGACACCCCUUUGAUACCACACCACCCUUCCGCGUCGUAUUCCACAUCUACAAGCCCUCAACUCCCAUCAAAAAGUCCGCGCUUCCCACUCCAGACUUCCGCAUCGCGGUCGUCAGCACACGCGACCAAACUACCAUGCCCACUAUGACACAACUUGGUGCUUUGCUCGAAAGCACGCCACUUGACCCUCCGCGUGGGGAGAAAAUGGACCGUAUGAUGUACAUGAGACUGCGGCAUGGAUACCGCAAUGUCGUCAUGGCUGUUGUCGAUCAGGGUGUAGUCAGUUAUUUGCGAAUUGCUGAUUCGGCGUUCGGGAAGGAGAAGCUUUAUGAGAACAAGGGUGGACCUCAGGGUCAUAAGCGGAAUUAUGCGAAUCAGAAGUCGAGGAAACGUUGA